ACACACAUCCCUUCCUGUUGGCGGCAAGGACUCUGGGUCCGGGGGAAGGGCUUUACCGCUGUACCCGGAACUGUUUCCAAGUUGGUUUUUUGUUUGUUUGUUUGCUUUUUUCUGGCUUGGCUGGCUGCAAGCUCUAGGACCCUAGGUGUCCGAGACCUUUGGGGGGUCGCGAGAGCGCCUCCUUGUCCCGCCCCUUGGUGGCUUCAGCUCCCACCACCAUGGCUCCUGUCUCGGGCUCGCGGAGCCCUGAACGGGAGGCCUCCGGAGGGAAGCAUCGCAGUCUGUCGCGGAGCCCCAAAUCCAUCAAAUCUUCCCGCUCCCCGCGGUGUCGCCGGUCUCGCUCGCGCUCUUGUUCUCGGUUCGGCGACCGGAAUGGCCUCAGCCAUUCGCUGAGUGGCUUCAGCCAAAGCUCCCGAAACCAAUCCUAUCGCUCCCGCUCUCGAUCGCGUUCUCGUGAACGGCCCUCGGCGCAGCGGAGUGCCCCCUUUGCUUCGGCAUCCUCGUCCGCCUAUUAUGGUGGCUACUCGCGUCCCUACGGGGGCGACAAGCCAUGGCCUAGCCUGCUGGACAAGGAAAGGGAGGAGAGUCUGCGGCAGAAGAGAUUAAGUGAAAGAGAGAGGAUUGGAGAAUUGGGAGCUCCUGAAGUUUGGGGACUUUCCCCAAAGAAUCCUGAACCAGACUCUGAUGAACAUACACCAGUAGAGGAUGAAGAACCAAAGAAAAGCACUACUUCAGCAUCUAGUUCAGAAGAUGAUAAGAAGAAGAAAAGGAAAUCUAGUCAUUCAAAAGAAAGAGCCAAGAAAAAGAGAAAGAAAAGGUCAUCUAAAAGAAAACAUAAAAAGUAUUCUGAAGAUAGCGACAGUGACUCUGAAUCUGACCCAGACUCCAGUGAUGAAGAUUCAAAAAGAAGAGCAAAGAAGGCUAAGAAAAAGGAAAAGAAAAAGAAACGAAGAGGGAAGAAAUACAAGAAAAAGAAGUCUAAGAAAAACAGAAAAGAGUCCAGUGAUUCGAGCUCUAAAGAAUCCCAGGAAGAAUUUCUAGAGAAUCCUUGGAAGGAUCGAUCAAAAGCUGAAGAACCAUCAGAUCUGAUUGGCCCAGAGGCUCCCAAAACUCUUGCCUCCCAAGAUGAUAAGCCCUUGAACUAUGGCCACGCUCUGUUACCUGGUGAAGGUGCAGCUAUGGCUGAAUAUGUAAAAGCCGGCAAACGUAUCCCGAGAAGAGGUGAAAUCGGCUUGACAAGUGAAGAGAUCGCAUCAUUUGAAUGUUCCGGUUACGUAAUGAGUGGUAGCAGGCAUCGCCGAAUGGAGGCUGUUCGACUCCGGAAAGAGAACCAGAUCUACAGUGCUGAUGAGAAGAGAGCCCUUGCAUCCUUUAACCAAGAAGAAAGACGGAAGAGGGAGAACAAGAUUCUGGCCAGCUUUCGUGAGAUGGUAUACAGAAAGACCAAAGGGAAGGAUGACAAAUGAGGACUUCCUGGCUUUACAAGUGAAUAUUUUUAACAUCGAAAAGGAAAUUGUGGGUUCUAGACAUAAACAACAAAAGCUUACUGUUUUGUUUCUGUUUUGAGUUAUUUUUUGAUGUGUGGUUUCAAUUAGCCCAGGUUGACCUCAGACUUUGUAGCCAAGGAUGACUCUGAACUCUUGGUCUCCUGCCUCCACCUUCCAAGUGCUGAGAUUCCAGGCAUGUGCCACCAGGCCCAGCCAAAAAGGCUACUGUGCUAUGAAAUGGUUUUUCAGGGCUUCUGUGCCUUCUUUUUAAUUCUUCAGUCCUUCAAUAAAAGAUGCUUGUUGAUAUAAUUAGUUAAGUUAUUUGAGGCUUUUAAAGAUUGACCCCAACCUUCUGGUUUAAAAGUCCAAAGUCCUGCUAUGUUUGGAAGGUGGCAUAGAGAGAAAGUGGCAGAUGAACGACAAAUUUAAAUCUCACAUCAUGAUCUGGUGUGACGAUUAUUAGCCCCACACAGUGUCUGCCACUAUCCGAGCAGAACUUGGGAAUUUCAUAUCUUGUUUUGAAUGUGUUACAAAUGGGCUUGACAGAAACUAUUUAGGAGGUUAUUUCUGUUAACAAAAUGAAGGUGUUGCUGUACACAGCAACUCUGGAAUUUGAAAACUGACUUGUUUCUAUAGUCGGCCCUAGAAAUGUAUAUUGGGCUAACUCUACCUCUGCUCUAAAACCUAGCAAACCAAAUGGCUGACUCACAGAUGUGUGGAAUAGAAAAUGUGACCAUUAGGUGUUUCAGGUUCUAUUAGAUAACGUUGUUUUUUCAAUGGCUAGGGCAUAGCUCAGAGUUAGAACAUGUGCUUAUGAGGCCCUGAACUACAUCCCCAGCAGUGCAAAAAAGUUUCAAAUGCAGUUUUGGGAGUCUAUUGUGCCAAUAUAAGAAUACUAUUUCUAUUUAAGCUGGUAUUUAAUUUAGGAUAAGAUCUUAAAAGUGCUAAAUAAGGAAAAAUAUGUCAGUAUUUUAAUUAUGCUGUUUCAUGAUGAUGAAAGUAAAAUAUUAAACAUUUUCAAUUAUGUCCUUUAUGUUACCAGAUUUCUUGUUUGAGACAGAGUCUCACUAUGUAGCUCUGGGUGGCCUAGAACUCCCAGAGUUCCCCCUGCCUCAGCCUGCCAGGUGCUAGGAUUAGAGGUGUGUGCUGCUGCGCCUCGCUAUAGGAUUUUAUUUUAAACAUUGUUAACCUCUUCAGCUUUUUAUAUCUGUCAUGAUUUUAAUCCUUAACUUUGUAGAAACCCUCCUUACUUCAUCACUGUCUGAAAGUUUAAUAUAUAUUCUGAGAAAAUGUGUUUCUAACCCACAACUGUUGAACUAAGCAGCAGUUAGCAUGUAGUAAAAUCUGUGAUCUUUGAACUUGAAAUUAUUUCACUGUAUUUAUACGUCUCAGUCUGAUAAGUCUAUAGUUUCCUAAAGUCUAAUGGAAACUAGGUUCCAAAGUUGAAAGUCUUCUUAAUUCAUACACUUCCUCAUGUACUACAAUGUAAAGUUUAUAAUCUCUACUUUAAAAGUUAAAACAAAGGGGCAUUAUUUUUUGUUAAAUGACUCCUAGCAACUGGAUGAAUAUGUUUUUCUUUUCUUAAUAGGUAAUGAAGUUUCAUUGCAACAAUUUUGUAGUGUUGAAGUAUUACAGAUUUUCUUUUGAUUAUUCUCCACAGAGUAUAUACAGUCAAUGAAAAAAUAGGAAUUUAUUUUAAAACCUAUCAUUCUUAGAAAGGUAUUUAGUAGCGGUCCUUUAAAAAGUGGAGGGCUAAAGUAUUUUAUUUUCAGCUUGUUUGAAUUAUCCCUUCAAACUGUGUUCUGUCACCUGAGCUCUAAGUCAGCCAUCGUUUGCAAAAACAAAUUUUUCCUUGUCUACAGAGAAAGAAACACACACUCGUGCAUACACACACACACACACACACACACACACACACACACUUGAACAAAACGUUAAGCUAGAAAUUCCCUCUUUGUUACAUUCCCAGUGAACAAGAUAGUGCUUACGCUUCUGUUUUCUUUAUAGCUCUUUAGGCCCAAGUAAAGUCUAUGUAGAACUAUUGUAAUUUAAAUACUUUGUUUUCUAAGGAGACUUACCCAGUUUCUCACCUCUUCACCUGUUGUUCAUAGGAUUGUUCUCUCUCUCUUUUUUUAUUUGUUGUACAAAGAUAAUAGGAAAAAUAGAGAAAUUACUCAGUCCUACCACAUGAAUUGUUACAAGUGUUCUGUGUCCCUUGUAUGUCUUUGUCAUUUGAAGUGUAGUGUAAAGUUGUCUUUGGUAUUUUAAAAUUGUGUGAGCAGGCAUAGGAGUCCCAUUGGGAAGUUAGGAAUACAUGACGAUCCAGUGUGAAGACAGAAACAAGAUCAGAAAUAAGUAAGGGGGGUAACCCACCCCUGCUUCAUUGCAAUCAUGAGCAUGAUGGGAUAUUCAGAGUUUAGCAGUGAGGCUCAUCUGACAGUAGAAGAUAUCUAUGAGUAGUGGAGCCCCUCAGACUGUUAGUGUGAGAUAUAGAACUGUUGCCAGUUUAUUAUCCAGAUACCCAUAAAAAUGUCUAUCAAGUUCAGAGGUAGGCAGAGAGAAGGACCAAACAGCUAAGGGCCAGUGGCUGAACUUUAGUAAUGUUCAAAACUCUACUCUGUGCUUGCCAGACUCCAAAAUCAUGAUAUAGUGUUGAGAAAAAUCUUUUCAAAAACAGAAAACAACUUAUUGCAGAAUGGAUAAUGAAUAAAAACAAAACCACAGUUGGGUUGUGUGCCAUGAGUUUAUUACUCAAUAAAUAUUAUGUAUUUUGA